AUAAAUAUACAGACGUGAUGAGAUCUGAAUCAUCCACAGACUCCAGCGUUGAUCAGAUCCUCAGAAAUGUGAUUUAAAAUCCUGAAGUUUGCAAAGACAGAAAAAAUUCAAAGCAUAUGAAAAUCUAAAUGAAUUUAAAUGAAUUUAAAUUAUAUUAAAUGAAAUAAAGAGGUGUUUGGUUGCCGUGAGGAGAGUUGAUCAGUCCGCGUUCCCUUUUUAUUUGUCUCAGUCCGUCUUGAAAUGAACGUCCUCUCCAUCACGACACUUUAAACUGAAGUCGCGUCCUCGCUGAGCUUUCACUUUGUUAAAGUCGGCAGAACAUUGAUCAAACAGGAAUUCACACAUCACAUCAUGGUCUCAGCGUUCCUGUUUGAGCAGCAGUGAAUGUGUCUUUGUCUGUGUGAUCCAGAUGAAGGUGGAGGGAUUACAGGAGGACAGGGAGUCCGGUUCUGCUGCCACCGCCUCCGUUCAUGCCAGCCCCGGUUCGGCUGAGCGCUGCAUGUCACGACUGCUCAGCGCGGUGGAGAGCGAGCUUCAGGCCGGCCGGGAAAAAGGUGACCCGACUGAGAGGGAGCUGAGGGUGACCCUGGAGGAGGCCGAGCUCUGGAGGAAGUUCCAGCACAUCACCAACGAGAUGAUCGUCACCAAGAACGGACGCCGGAUGUUCCCGGUCCUGAAGGUCAGCGUGUCCGGUCUGGACCCCAGCUCCAUGUACUCCUUCCUGCUGGACUUCGUGCCGGCGGACGGCUGCCGCUGGAAGUUCGUGAACGGGGAGUGGGUGGCUGCAGGCCGGGCGGAGGGGCGCGGCGAGGGCCGCGGCCACGGCGGCAUCUACAUCCACCCGGACUCACCCAACUUCGGAGCUCACUGGAUGAAGGCGGCCGUGACCUUCAACAAGGUCAAACUCACCAACAAGGUCAACGGAGGAGGACAGAUCAUGUUGAACUCUCUCCAUAAGUACGAGCCUCAGCUCCACAUCGUGUGCGUCGGCUCUCGCCAUCGUCUGGUCUCCAACGUUUCCUUCAAAGAGACUCAGUUCAUCGCCGUCACGGCCUACCAGAACGAGGAGAUCACGGCUCUGAAGAUCAAAUACAACCCGUUUGCGAAGGCCUUUCUGGACGCUAAAGAGCGGAACCCAGGCGGGCGGGGCUUACCAGAGUCACUGGAGAGUCGAGCUGGGAUUCAACCCUGCUGGUCAUUGUGCUCGGCGGGUGGAGGCGGAGCUUUUCCUUAUGGCAGCAGCCUCCCGCUGACAUCGCAUCAUCACCACGGUUACAAACACCACGGUUACCCGGGGCGACACACACCUUAUCCCACCGCCUACCUGCCGCACCGCUCACACUCCUCAGUCUGUCUGUCUGAAGGUGUUCAGGUCUUAUCGGAUGGGUGGAGCAGCUCCUCCCCUCGCCCCGCCUCCUCCUCCUCCUCUUUGUCCUCCUCCACCUCCGUUCCCCUGACGAGUAACGCUCCUCCCUCACAGCCUCCUCCUCCUCACAGCUCCAGUCAGUAUCCCUGUCUGUGGACGGUUGGAUGCAGUGAGCUAAGCCCCUCCCACUCGCCCUGCACCGCUCUCCACGGACCAAUCAGCAGCGAGAGCCUCAUGCAGCCACCCAGUCACGGCCGAGUGGGCGGUGCUGGAUGGCCACCUGGCCCCACCCACUCUUUCUGAGGAGCGAUGUGAUUGGACACUGGAGGACCAGUUAAUAUGUGCACCAAGGGCAACUCUGAUGGCUACUCACAUCUACCUUUGAGUACUACACAUUGAAUACACAUACUGCUUUCUGCACAGUACUGCAAGUACUGCAAGUACUGCAAGUACUGCUGCUGGUGAAUGUUCAUACUGAAUGUCAUAUCUGCUGCUGGCUACUUGUAGAUACUUUUGGCUGUACUGUUAUGUCCUGGUAACUGAAGUACUGAAGGCUACCGAUACUGACGGGCUGUACUGGAGACUGAAUGCACAUACCAGUACCAGCAGUACCAGCAGUACCAGCAGUACCACAGCCACUGGUGGUAUGCAUUCAGAGCUAGUUCAGCUUUACUACUAACUGUGUAAAAAUAACUUUAAUCCAGCAAAUUAACAAAAACUAAGUUUGAAAUGAGAAAAAUCAAUCUUAAAAACAUUUUGCUCGUCCGUCUGUAAACAUCUGUACAGUCCAUCUGUGUUCGACCCGUGUCUGACCCGUGUCUGACCCGUGUACAACCCGUGUUGGACCCGUGUACAACCCGUGUUGGACCGAUCGCUGCAUGUCGUUGUUUCUUCUGAUUGUUGCUGAAAGCAGAAGCUAAAUGUUUAAUUUAAUCUUUGCAUGAAUUUUACUGCUGAGACAGAAACAGACUGUCAACAAAGGGUUAACAGAGAGAAAGUAAUCAGUAAUCAGUAAUCGGUAAUCAGUAAUCAGUAAUCAGUAAUCGGUAAUCAGU